GCGGCGACGGCGGGAAGCUGAGGGCGGCCAUGGUGCGGAUUACUGAAGAUCUUGUUAGAAGACGUGCAGAACAUAACAACUGUGAAAUUUUUUCACUGGAAGAAAUCUCUUUACAUCAGAUAGAGUAUCUUGACAAAUGGUGUCGAGAUUUAAAAAUUCUCUAUCUUCAGAAUAAUUUAAUUCCAAAAAUUGAAAAUGUGGGCAAACUAAAGAAGCUGGAAUAUUUAAAUGUAGCUUUGAACAACAUUGAAAGAAUUGAAAAUCUGGAAGGCUGUGAAGAACUGAAGAAACUUGACCUGACAGCAAAUUUCAUUGGUGAACUCUCCAGUAUUGAAGCCCUAAAAUAUAAUAUACAUCUGAAAGAACUGUUUCUAGUGGGUAACCCAUGCACUGAAUUUGAAGGUUAUAGACAAUUUGUGGUGGCAACUCUUCAUCAAUUAAAAUGUUUGGAUAGUAAAGAAAUAGAACGUUCAGAGAGGAUUCAAGCACUUCAAAACUAUCCAGAAGUGAAACAGAAAAUCAGAGAACAGGAACAAGCUUACCUUCUCAAGAGGGCCAGAGAAAAAGAAGAGGCUCAAAGAAGGAUGCAAGAAAGAAAGGACAAGAAACAAAAACAAAUGGAAUCUAAGCAUGGAUUUGACAGCCCAGACUCCCUACAGAACCAAGAAAACCAUCAGGCAGAAGGAGACAGAGAACAAGAAAUGUGGAGAACAGUUGAAGAUGAUGAAGAAGACAGAAGAUUUUGGGAGGAGCCUACACCGUAUACUCCAGAAUCUAGAUUAGAAACUCACAGAUAUAUUGAAGAAAAACGGAGAGCUAAAGACAAUAUAAGGGAAUCAAAAAAGAGAGAGAAGCCUCUUCGGACAUUGGUCACUGCAGAAGGAAAAGUUCUGAAUGUGAAUGCGCCUAAGCUUCAUUUCUCUUUGAAAGAUGAUGAAGAAAACAACCAGGUCAUCUUGGAUCUUGCUGUUUACAGACAUUUGGACACUUCUCUGCUUGAUGUUGAUGUCCAGCCAACUUACAUAAGAGUACUGGUGAAGGGAAAGCCUUUUCAGCUUGUGCUCCCUGAGGAAGUGAAGCCAGACAGCAGCUCUGCUAAAAGAUCACAAACAACUGGUCAUUUAGUUGUCAGCAUGCCAAAGGCUAAAGAAAUAAUCCUGGCUAAGCAAAAAGUAUCAACUUCAGUUAAAGAUUCUGACUGCAAUACACUGCAAAAAAAUGCAAGAAGCGGACAAGUUGAGAAAUUGGAAGUGGAUCCUAGUAAAUAUUCAUUCCCUGAUGUGACAAAGAUAAUCCAAGCAAAGGAACGAAUUGGACAGGGACCUAUUAGGCUACAACCAGAGAAGAUUACAGAGACUAAGAAGAGUUAUGUUGAUUUUGAAAAUAAAGAAGAUGUUCCUCCCUUAAUUUGAAACAUUCUUAAAUAGCCCCUCUAUAUGUGGUGCGUAUGCUUGAGUUGCUUUCAUGACCCUAUGUGUAAAGUAGGUAUAAUAUAACUGAAGUUAGAAAUACUAUUACUUUUCUUAUCAAUAACUUUGUUAUGCCUGUGU